GUCGAGUUUAAGUGCGCGCAGCGGUGAUUGCAUACGGCAGUGUGUCGAACGCCUCCGAUGUGCAACGUUGCAGCUCCGGUAGAAAACAGAUUUUUUCGAAAUUUUGUUGAUUUCGAAACAUUGGUUUUCGUGUUUGCAGCGCCGAGUAUCAUAAUAUAUUUAUAAUUUUUUUUUUUUUUUUGAUGAACAAAUGAUCGAUCGAUUUUUUUGAAAAAUUAUAUUUGAAAUAGCGACCGUGUUCGUACAUAAUUAUAUUUGCGUUUAAUUUGUAGCGACAAAAAUAUGGCGAUUUCGGAAAUGUGUAGCGCCGAAAAUAUCAUGGGCUCCAAGUUGAUGAUUUCCGUCAAAAUGCCAAACAAGGACGAGCCGUUAUUGAAAGAAGACACUCCUGAACUAACAAAACCGACCAAAGGCAGUUCGCUUAAACAGAUCCUCGUCGCCUUGUCGGCCAACUGGGGCACCAUAAAUACUGGACUCGUGUUCGGCUACACUGCCGUCAGUUUACCCCAUCUUAUGAUGGUCGGAUCUAGAAUUCCAAUCAACAGAAACCAAGCCUCUUGGAUAGCUAGCGUGUCGACCAUCGGGACGCCGUGCGGAUGCAUACUAGCCAGCUACUUCACCGACUUGUUAGGCCGCAAGAAGACCUUAAUCGUCUUGCAGCUACCCGCUAUUGUGGGAUGGUUAAUGGUGGGCUCCGCGACGUCAGUUCAAUGGAUUUACAUAGGAAGAUUCCUGGCAGGCCUGAGUUCCGGCAUGAUCGGCUCACCGUCCCGAGUGUACACAUCUGAAGUAUCACAGCCGCACCUGCGCGGCAUGUUGUCCGCGUUCGCAUCUGUUGGAACGUCUUUGGGUGUCAUGUUGGAGUAUUUGAUUGGUUCGAUACUUAACUGGGACUCGUUAGCGUUUUUCAACGCCACGAUACCCACUAUAGCGUUGCUCCUGGCAUUUUUCAUACCAGAAUCACCGUCGUGGCUAAUAUCGUCCAAGAACGACGAGAUCCGGUGCAGAGCCAGCCUGAGACGGGUGAGAGACAGUAAAUGCGACGUGGACACAGAAUUCAACGAUCUGCUCAUGUCUUCAAGAACAGACGAGUCGACUUCGUUCAAGGAAAAGCUCCGACUCAUCUGCCGGCCGUCUGCGUACAAACCGUUUGUGAUCGUUUCCUUCUAUUUCCUGCUGAGCCAGUUUUCUGGACUGAACGUGGUCACGUUUUACGCAGUCGAUGUGAUACGGGAUUCUGGUUCUACUAUUGACAAAUACGUAGCCACCAUUGUACUAGGAAUCAUUCGGCUGGUAUUCACUGUGAUCGGUUGCAUGUUGAUGUGGCGACUGGGCCGUAAACCACUCUCCUACAUAUCUAGUGUGGGUUGUGGCAUAUCGAUUCUGUGCUUUGCCGGAUACAUGUACCAGAACGUCAUUUGGCAAGCGUCCGGACAACCCGCUUCAAACACGUGGUUCCCUAUCGUAAGCCUGUUUGUGUUCUACGCCUGUUCAACAAUCGGCUACCUAAUCGUGCCGUGGGUGAUGAUCGGCGAGGUAUUUCCUAGACAAAUCCGAGGCAUGCUCGGUGGUGUGGCCACGUGCGUCGGACAUUUCUCCAUAUUCAUAGUGCUUCAGACAUACCCGAUCCUUCAGGAGCUGGUCACUAAGUCCGGUACGUUCGCUGUGUACGGAAUCGUGUCUAUACUAAGCACCCUGUUCUUCUAUUACUUCUGCCCGGAAACCAAAAACAAGACGCUACAAGAGAUCGAGGAUUCGUUCCAUAAUAAAAAAAAACCGAAAAGACCCGUCGUCAUCACAGCCAAUGCAACAGCUUCCAUCCAGUGCGAUAACAACAACAGAAAAUUUGCGUUUCCCGAUAUCGUUUUCAAUCUGCCAAAACGCGACACCGGUGUGACCGUGUGAAAACUCGACGACGAUUAGCCUAGCACUACGAUGAUGAGGAAAUAUCGCCAUCGAUUAGUUCCUUAUUUAAUAUAUAUGUAUAUAUUUUUUUUGUUAUUUUUAAUGAUUUGAUAUCGUGUCUCGUUGCAAUUCGUAGCACGUUGUCGCGAACACUUGUUUUAUAUAAAAUUACUAUUGUUAAAACUACGAUUAACUCGAUUAAGUAUUGUUUUUAGUGCUUUCAAACUUUGAAAGCUGCGACGAUAUUCAUGGCAUUUUUACUUUAUCUUCCAUAAUAUCAUUAUUGACGUAGUAUUAGAUUUUACAACAUGUUUACCUUUAUAGUUAUUUUUAAGACUGACUAAAAGUGAUUUAUUAUAGUUU